ACAUAACGCGUUGAAAGAAGACUUUCGGUUGAAGUGUAGAAUUUGUAACUUGUCUUAUGACAAGAUUGAGAGCCUCAAGAGACAUGUUAGGAGAAAACAUGAUAAGGGAUCCCACUGCGUCGUGUGUAAUAAACAGUUUGACACACGAGAAAUGUACUUAAACCAUUCUCAUAUAAAAGUUAUCAAGGAGUGUCAUAUCUGCGGCUUCAUUUUUGCAUCCCAAGGAGGCUUAGCAAAGCAUUUAAGAUGUACACACAAAAUAGAUGCGGCAAAAACCGUGUUCUGCAAUAUAUGCAAUGAGGGUUUCCAUGAUAAACGGCAAUUGAAACCGCAUUUCAUGAAAGUGCAUUUAAAAGUCUCCUACACUUGCCAAUUUUGUAAAAAAGUGUUCAAAGCGAAAGAGAGUUAUCGACGACAUAUAGUAUUUAAGCAUCCCAAUGCCAAUCAUUUUAAUACUCAGACACAGAAAUGUGAUCAAUGUAACGAGACAUUCAAAGAUGAAUUUGAAUUAUGUAGGCAUAUAAAUGGUGUUCACGGUCGGCCAGAAGAUGAACUGAAAGAAGAAAAAGAAGUGUCGAUUAAAAAUGAAGAUUUAGAUAUUAAAGACUGUUUCCAAUGCACCAAGUGUCCGGAAACAUAUUUGACAUGGGAGCAUUUAAAGUUGCACUACGAGCAAAAUCAUCACAACGUUGAAGAGACACAGUGUCAAAUAUGCGGGGAAAUUCUCCCAGGCAAUGAGCUACAGAAGCACAUAAAAACUUUGCACACAGAUACAGAAAUGCAGUGUAAAUACUGUGAGUUUAAAACGAAUAUUAGGGUUAGCUUAACACAGCAUAUGUUGAGGCAUAAGAAUGCUGAGACGAUACACUGUGACUAUGCUGGAUGUAAAUACAAAACAUUUUACGAUGGUGCAAUGGACAAGCAUAGACGGAAACAUGCAGACCAGGGAGUCAAACUCCAAUGCAGCCAGUGUCCAUUCCAGACGAUGAAUAAGUACAUUUUAAAGUACCAUGAGGAAGCUCACGAAACUGGCAAGAAGAGGUACAUGUGUGAUCAAUGUGAUUAUGCAACAAUACUGCCAGCGAACUUAGUCCAACACAAAUAUAAGCAUUCUACGGAGAAACGGUUCAAAUGUGAAGUGUGCCCAUUUGCAACGAAGUAUAAUACUUCACUACGAUUCCAUGUUAGGAAGAAACACUGUGAUCUCCCCACAUUCAGUUAAUGUUUAUGUUUUUUAUUAAAAUAUUUGGUGUUACGAGA